CUCUUCGCCGCCUUGCUUGCGCUCACAGGGAACUUUUCCCAUUUCUCCUAAUUCACAAAAUUCCAUGAAACCAAACCAACCAACCUCAACAGAGGUUACAUAUUUUCUCUCGUUUUCUCUAGAACCAAACAAUCCAUCAUGGACUCCGCGCCUGUCAACUGGGAAGCCCUCGACGCUCUAAUCAUCGAUUUCGCCAAAUCAGAGAACUUAAUCGAGGACUCAUUCUCCUCCUCCCCGUCUCCACCGUCGUCUCCAUCUUUCUCCUCCUCAUCUUACCAUUCCAGACUGAUCAUCCGCCAGAUCAGGCGGUCGGUAGAGGCCGGUGACAUUGAUGCCGCUGUCGAUCUUCUCCGAACGCACGCUCCUUCUAUUCUCGACAAUCGUCACCUUCUCUUCCGGUUGCAGAAACAGAAAUUUAUUGAGCUGUUGAGGAGGGGAACUGUAGAGGAUCGUGACUCUGCAAUUAAUUUCACGAGGACGUCUCUCGCUCCUUGUGCUCUUGAUGCCUAUCCGGAAGCCUACGAGGAAUUCAAGCAUGUACUUCUUGCCUUCAUAUAUGAUAAAGAUGAUCAAACUUCUCCUGUGGCAAAUGAGUGGAGAGAGAAGAGGAGAUAUGAAAUUGCUGGACUAAUGUCUUCUGUUCUAAGAGUUCAUUUACAUGCAUAUGAUCCAGUUUUUUCAAUGACAUUGAGAUAUUUGAUAAGCAUACAUAAAAUAUUCUGCUUUCGACAAGGAAUUGUGUCACCCAUUUCAGAUCUUACGAAGAGGCAAAUGGAUGGCUUUGAAACCAUUGAACCUUUUUGUGUUGAUUUUCAAAUGCAGGUUGAUAUACAGGCUCUUGCACAUGCAGUAGAGCUUACAAGACAGGGGGCUAUUGAUAGCUUGAGAUUUGCCAAGGGUGAUUUAUUUCAGGCAUUUCAGAAUGAACUAUGUCGGAUGAGGUUGGAUGUUUCCACUCUUGAUGAACUCGUUCACGAGUAUUGUGUUUACAGGGGAAUUGUGGAAUCUAGUCUUGCUUACCCUUCUGGGAGGCAAACCACUUCUGAAAGUUUAAAAGCUAAUCAAGCAGAGCCUGUGCCUGGGUGUUGUUCAUCAAGAAACUCAACUCUUGAAGUGGAUUGUAGUGCCAUUAAGCAAUCAGAUGGGGAACAUUCUGCUAGUGAUACUAAGUCUGAGGUCUCACCAGAAAAUACUACUGAUGUGACUAGCCAUCCUGUAAGUGAUUCUGAAAUAAGAUAUGCUUGUGAGCCAGCCAGCAACAUUGAAGAUUGUAGUACUAGUGGAUUGCCUCAGCCUGGAAAUUCAAGUCUGAAAAGCAGAGCCCAUGGAAUUGGAGAAAGGAAUAAACGGAAGCGCUGGAGGGGAAGACAUGAUGAAUUCAGCGGUACUCCUAAUGUUUCCUCUAGAGGCUGCAGUAAGCAAGAAAGCACAGCAACCUCAACGACCAGCAUAAAUAUAUCAAAGGAACAACAGGCCAUGGAAAAUGUCCAGAGGGAAGAUAAAUAUGAAAUUGUUCUGGGGUUGAAGGAUCUAGCUAGCCAGGGAAUGGCUGCCGAGGUUGUGGAGGAAAUUAAUGCUAUGGAACCCAACUUUUUUGUGCAAAAUCCUAUUCUGCUAUUCCAACUUAAGCAGGUUGAAUUUCUAAAACUGGUCAGUGCUGGUGAUCAUUCUGGUGCUUUAAGGGUUGCAUCCUCCCACUUGGGUCCGUUGGCAGCAAAAGACCCUGCUUUGCUAAAGCCCCUGAAGGAGACAUUGUUGGCUCUACUUCAACCUAAUGAGGAUGCGUUAAGAAGAGGCCUGCCUUUAAAUGUACUUGCCACGUCAAUUCAGGUUGCUGUUGGUAAGAAAAUUGGUAUCGAUGAACCUCUACUCAUGAGGAUAAUGAGAGCAACCCUUCACACGCAUACUGAAUGGUUUAAACUCCAAAUGUGUAAAGAUCGCUUUGAGAGUCUCCUUAGAAUAGAUUCACUGAAGGAAAACAAUGCUGCUGUGCUUGUUUCUGCUGCCACGACAAAAUCAAAUGCUGAUAGUUGCAGCCUUGGAUCUUCACAAGUUAUUAUCUCCUCGAGUACCCGGACAUCAGAAGAUGGGAGUAGUCCUAAUCAAUCAUUUACCUCCGAUGUUUGUGAUGAGAACGCCAUACUUAAAGUAAUGGAAUUUCUUGCUUUGCCGAGAGCUGAUGCUAUUCAUCUCCUUGCGCAAUACAAUGGAAAUGCUGAGACAGUAAUCCAGCAAAUAUUUACAUAGUUUUAUUUACACUUUACCCAUAGCAAAAGUGUUUUUUCUUUUUUCAAUAUAUUAAUCAUUGAAUUUAUUCAAUUUGUAUCAUAUGUAUAUAUAAAACCUUCCGAAGGGGAAGCUUGCUACUUUACAAAGGCUCUGCCCUUCGUUGGUUUUCUGUAUGAUAGCAUUGUGCUUCUAUCAUUUCCAGGAAAAGGUCAUUGUUAAUAAUAAAUAAUAAAUUUGAUG